UUCUCUUCUCUUCUACUGUUGGAAAGACCCAAAUCCGCGGAUUCAACCCGCGAGUUUUCUCUCUCCUCCUCUACCAUUUUUGGAGCUCCGUAAAGGGAAUAGAAAAGCAGAGACCUGAAGUCGAGUCUUUAGUCAUAGCGUUAGACUCUCGUUUUGUAGCUUCAUUGGCUUUGGCUUUGGCUUUGGCUUUGGCGUGGUUGUCUCUCUCAAAUUCCUCGUGAUUUCCUUUAUCUACUGUUCCUUUUCCCUCUCUUUCCUCAUUCACUUCCCCAACGCUAAAACCCCUUCUCUUCUUCUUCUUUUUUUUCCCAAUCCACUCUCUCUCCCUUUCCAUUUUCCAAUUCCUUUCUUACCCAUCUUCUAACCACUGGUUUCAGACGCUACGAUCAUCUUGACCUUCAACCUCUCUACUGGGUCGUUUUUCUUUCAUCGUUUCACUGGAAAUUUCGGUGUUUCUUCCAAUUAUAACGGAUCCAAAGUGUGAUUCCUGCAUCAGGAUAAUCAAUGGUUUACUGACAUGAACUGGAAUCCUGGCAGGAUUUUGAUGUUUCGUUUUGAAGUUCUUGGAAGAUUGCUUAUGGGUUCAACUCAGCAAGUGAGUAUGGUUGAAGGGAGCUUCAGAGGACAUCUGGUACAGCUUUUGAUAUCCGCAUUGUAUCUUAGAAAUGAUUCCUUAGAAAUGGGUUAGCAUUUCUAGCCAAGGUCACAACUUCUCUUUCCUUCUUUAUUGUUAUACCCUAAAAGAUGACUACAUUAGCCAGUACUUCUGAAAUUGUUGAGUCAACAGAGGAAUUUGAUUCUGAGAAAGCUGGGACGAGUUAUGGGCUACAUGUAGGAAAAAAGUUUUCUAUAGAGGAUGACAUUAAUCGUUUGUUUCAAGCAAUUGAUAUCAGAUCCUUGCGUAAGAGGUCAGGCCAACAACGGGAAGCUGAUAAAGAUGCUUUGCGAAAGAGUGCAAUGAAAAGACCAGUUAGAGUAGGUCCGUCUCACAUGGCAGGGAUUGGAAUUUCUGAGCCCGCGAGUUUAAAGCAGGCUUUGAGGGGCUUAUGUAUUUCCCAGGCUGCAGAAAUGGCUGCUUCAAAGAGGUUAACAAGGUCUGUAGCUUCACCCAGAAUCUCUGAAGCUGGAACUAUCAAAAGAUUGUAUAGGGCUGUGGUGGUUGAGGCCAAUGGAUUUGGUGUGCCUGUAAAUGAAAGUAAAGCAAAUUUGGUAGAAAUUUCCAUUGUUUCAGAGAGACUUAUGUCAACUUUUCAAAAUAAGAUGCCUGAAUUGUUGCAUAAAAACGAGGCUGAUAUACCAAACCAAGGAGCUGAAUCUUCUUCUUUCAAGAAUACUGGGGUAUCAGAAGAGGCGAGUGUGGAUAGAUUGAUGUCAAAGGAUCUUAUAGUUAAUACAGCUACUGAGGUGGCAAGUAUAGAGCCACCUGGUGAGGUGGGAAAACUUAAAUCUCCUUCCUUUACUCCUUCUGGUGAGAAGGAUCUGGCUGCGAACAGCAUGGCCAUUUCCUCAAAUGAAGAUUUGGCAAGAAAUUCAGUGCCAGAGAAGGAGAAAGGUACAAUGAGUUGUUUAUCUUCUCUAUCAAGCUCUGGAUCUGCUGUCAGGCCAAACAAAACAGCUUUCAGUAAUACACGUUUCAUCAAACCUAUUUUCAGGACCAAGAAUUUUGUCAAGAAGAAAGCAAAACUUGAAACAAAUUCCUCUCCUAGUAUAUUUGAUGUCUGCACAGUAACGGCUGACACUAAUUUGGGUACCAUUGCAGAAAAGUCUGAGAAUCAGAUGCCAGAAAAUGCACAACUUCAUGAGAUUAAAGAAGAGGAUAUAGGUUCUUCCGUCUCAUGUAACAUAACUUUAGGUGUUGAAGUAAGUGGAAAUGUGGUAAACACAGAAUCUAGUAGACCUGGUACAUCUCUCAACUGCUUUAACAGGAAUAGACCAACUAUUAUGGCAUCUGAUGAGAGAUCCAGAUCAAGAGAGAAAGGGAUGUUCUCUCAGAGCUCUAAAAGUAGUGUUGGUGAAUGUAGCAGUAGCCCAAGCAUCAGUGGGGAAAGUAUUCUCAGUGGAUCGAGUCGUAGUGGAGUUAGGCCUCACAUGUCAAAGGACUUGAAAUGGGAAGCUAUCCACAACCUUCAGGAUCAACAUAAAUGCCUAGGUUCAAGAAACUUCAAGUUGCUUAGGAGACUUGGUCUCGGGGAUAUUGGGACUGUGUAUCUCUCUGAGCUUUGUGAUUCAAGCUGUCUUUUUGCUAUGAAAGUGAUGGAUAAGGAGUUCUUGGAAAGCAGAAAAAAAAUUCUUCGAGCACAAACUGAGAGAGAGAUACUGCAAAUGCUCGAUCAUCCAUUUCUCCCUACAUUAUAUGCACAUUUUGAGACGGAUAAGCACUUGUGCUUGGUCAUGGACUACUGUCCCAGUGGAGAUCUCCAUGUACUGCGUCAGAAGCAACCAAGCAAGAGUUUCUCUGAGCGUGCAGUCAGGUUCUAUGUUGCCGAAGUUCUUCUUGCACUGGAGUACUUACACAUGCUAGGAGUUGUUUACCGAGACUUGAAACCUGAAAACGUCCUGGUUCGAGAAGAUGGGCACAUCAUGCUCACGGACUUUGAUUUGUCCCUUAGAUGUGCUGUUAACCCAACGCUGCUUCAAUCAUCAUUUCCAGUUGUGGAAUCCACUAAGAGGACAUUGAAUCCUUGUGAUGAAUCUAGUUGCAUUGACCCUUUCUGCCUCCAUCCAUCCUGGCAGGUUUCGUGCUUCACUCCCAAAGUUCUAUCUGCUCCAUACAAAUCCCGGAGAACAAAAGCAGAUUAUCAGGCUAGUCUAUUACCACAGCUUAUAGUCGAACCAACUGGCGCACGGUCGAAUUCAUUUGUAGGAACCCAUGAAUACCUCGCCCCUGAGAUUGUCAAGGGUGAAAGCCAUGGGAGCGCUGUUGAUUGGUGGACAUAUGGCAUUUUCCUGUUUGAGCUACUCUACGGUAGGACUCCCUUCAAAGGUUCAGCAAACGAGGACACAUUAACGAACAUAGUAUCUCAAACUCUCAAGUUCCCUGAUUGCCCAUUAGUUAGUUUUCAUGCAAGAGACCUGAUCAGAUGUCUGCUGACAAAGGAGCCUGAAAACCGAUUAGGCUCGACAAAAGGAGCUGUUGAGAUUAAGCAGCACCCGUUUUUUGAAGGCCUCAAUUGGGCUCUGAUACGUUGUGCAACACCACCUGAGCUUCCCAAGUUUUUUGAUGGUGCAACUAGUACAAUGCCAGUAGAUUCUGGGGAGAAUACAAAGCGUAGAGAUCUCGAAAAUAUUGAAACGGAUGCAGCAAUGUUCGACCUGUUUUAGCUUUUACUUUCUCUCAAGGGAACAAAGAUGUUUUCGUUUACUAAGCUCUCUCAUCCUCGUUAUAGCUUAUAAUGUAAAUGUCUACGUGAAAGGAUAAGAUAAACUAUAUGAUGUAAAGCGUGAUACAUGAAAUAGAUAAAUUUAUAGCGUGUCUAAAGGAAAAA